AUGGCUGCGGAGGGUAUCGAGGAGGUCGAGGAUGGGAGACAGUCCAAGCCGGAAGCCGGCGUGACAUCAUCGGGACAGGCGGAGGCCCAAGGGUCUGGGACUGCCAUCAAAAUCUCCACCACACCCGAUAUUCGUUGCCGUUGGAGAGCGAGAAGGAUACACGCCUAA